UCUUAUACAUUUGUAACUGAAGACUGGACAUUCAGUGUGUUUCCAGUCAUGUGAAAGAGAUAGUAUAUCAAUAAAUAAUUGGAAACGUGUUUCGGAACCAGCCAAUAUGAAUUUGCUUCAGUCAAAAAUAUUUUCUGUGGUGGUUUUGGGGCUGGCUAGUUUAUUCGUGGGCAUUCUACCGAAUUGUUUUGGUCGCCAAGGACGAAAGCAAUGGCCGCUUCUCCUCUCGAGCCUCCUCUGCUUCGGAGGGGGAGUCCUGUUAUCAACGGCUCUACUACACAUUCUCCCGGAAUUGAGAGAAUCUAUACCAGAGGAGUACAAGCAGUACGUGGAAAUAGUGUUCUGUUUGGGUUUUUUCAUUCUAUACAUGGUGGACGAAAUCGUCCAUUUCUUCUACGGAGACACGCACGAGGCGAAUAUCUUUCACAACCAUGGCCACAACAACAAUGAGAGGAGGCGCUCCUCUUCAGCUAAGUAUGCUUACGGAACAAUGGAAAGUCGGCAUUUGCUGCAUCGGGAAUCUUCAUCUCAGGCUUCUUACAAUCCUUCGUUCUACAGAGCUAGGAGUGACAGUGUACUAUUUUGCGACCAACCGCCUUCUCAGUUGUGUCACGUGGGACAUCAGGAACCCUGUUCUGCAGCACCGACAGCUAAUAUUGGACUUUUGGCUGCCCUUUCUGUUCACGCUCUAUUGGAGGGGUUGGUCGUUGGGCUGGAAGGAAGAUCGGACAAGGUCUUGCUGUUGUUAGGAGCAAUAUCAUCGCAUAAACUGGUUGUUUCUUUUUGUUUGGGAAUGGAACUGACUUCAAAUCCAUUAUAUAAAUUCAGGAGGCACUUCGUUUACAUUCUAAUUUUCUCAUUAGGAUCCUCUGGUGGUAUUCUAGUCGGGAUGUUCGUAACGAAUAUUCCUACUGAGAUCAAGAAUUUGAUGAUACCAAUUUUACAGGGUCUUGCUGGUGGUACAUUGUUAUAUGUCACUGUGAGCGAAGUAUUGCCCCGAGAAAGGGCAAGAUGGCAUCAGCAACAUGAAAAAAGGGGAGCCGGGCUUAUUCAGUUUUUCUCAGUAGCACUAGGAUUUGGCCUUAUGACUGUUCUAACUAAAUACUUGGAUUAUGAUGGAUAAUAUAAUUUUUUUUUACAACUAUCUCAGCAUAAUGAUAGGAUCAAUUAUUGACAAAGUCUGUGACCUAAUUUAUUAUACAUAAAUGAAAACGAAGGAAUAAAGAGAAAUUGGAAUAAAAA